AUGGCGGCCAAGCUGGUGAUGGUGGCCGUCCCUGCGGUGCUGGGAGCCGCCUCCAUCAGAGUGUACAGGGUCUCCGAUGCACCUGGGGAUGGGCUGGCCACUAGAGAAACACUGAAUAUCUACAAGUCCCUGCAGCCUUCACCCCACACACAGGCCGUUCAAGAGGAGCCGGGUGUCAUUGAGAGCGGGGUGUCAGCUGCCAGACUCACCAUAGUGCCGCUGGUCCAGUCUAUAAAGGGUGCCUAUGUCUCUGUUAAAAGGGGAACUAUAAAUGUUUACCAUGCAGGACAAGAUGUAUAUUAUUACCUUAAAGAGCCUCCUCCAGAGUUUGUGCCCAGAUUUGGCACCAUCACCAUGGCCGGUCUGCUGGGCAUGUUUCUGGCCCGUAAAGGAUCUCGGAUCAGAAGAGUAGCUCUUCCCAGCAGCUUGAUGACUGCUGGAGUAUGCGUGUGUUAUCCUGCCCAAGCUGUAGCUGUUUUGAAGGUCACAGGGAAAAAGGCGUAUGCUGCCGGCCAGUGGAGCAGUGCCUCGGUCUCAUCACUGGUGUCCUCUCUGUCCUCUCCCGCUAAACCAGCUCCUGAAGCUGCUCCAUCACCGGAAGUAAAAGUGCCGACCCCCGAGCCCGCUGCUGUAGUGGAGGAGUCCGUUCCGUCCACAGACCUCCCGAGUUCCCCCCUCUCAGAAACAGAACCAAAGUCAGAGUCCGUCCAAGAAGAACCGGCUCCUACUGUGGAAUCUUCGUCAGCUCCACUUCCAGAGACAACGGCAGAUCAAACACCCACAGAAUCAGCUUCAGAUGUCGUGAGCCCAGCUGCAGCAGAGACAGAGGCACUUCCUCCUCCUGAAGAUUUACCUGCGGCUUUGGAGAGCGAAAAGCCGACAGAGUCCAGUCCUGAACCAGACCCCGUCCCCACAGAGCCAGUCCUCCCUGAUCCCCCCUCAGAGCCCACAGUGAGUGAAGAGCCUGAGGUGGCAGAAGCGGUGGCCAUCUUGGAAACACCUGCUGUAUCAUCAGAGCCACCCACAGUUGCUGAAUCUGCUGAACCUGAACCACAUCUGGAGCUGCUGGAGCCUGUCUCUGCAGCUGUGGAGGAGGCCUCAGUCUCUGCAGCUGUGGAGGAGGCCUCAGUCUCUGCAGCUGUGGAGGAGGCCUCAGUCUCUGCAGCUGUGGAGGAGGCCUCGGUCUCUGCAGCUGUGGAGGAGGCCUCGGUCUCUGCAGCUGUGGAGGAGGCCUCGGUCUCUGCAGCUGUGGAGGAGGCCUCGGUCUCUGCAGCUGUGGAGGAGGCCUCGGUCUCUGCAGCUGUGGAGGAGGCCUCGGUCUCUGCAGCUGUGGAGGAGGCCUCAGUCUCUGCAGCUGUGGAAGAGGCCUCAGUCUCUGCAGCUGUGGAAGAGGCCUCAGUCUCUGCAGCUGUGGAAGAGGCCUCAGUCUCUGCAGCUGUGGAAGAGGCCUCAGUCUCUGCAGCUGUGGAGGAGGCCUCAGUCUCUGCAGCUGUGGAGGAGGCCUCAGUCUCUGCCCCCCUAUUAGACACCCUCCAGGAAACUGAAAUAGAAUCUGUUGUUGAACCUGUGGUGGAAUCUACUCCUGAGCCUCCUGCUGCAGAAGCCCCGCCCUCUCCUGAAGACUCUCCUGCUGAAAGUGUCCAAGAGCCAGAGUUAGCUUCUCCAUUUGUGGAGACCCCCGUCACAGCACCAACAUCUCCUGAGGAACCUGCUGCUCAGUCCUCUCAAGUGGAACCAGUGGUGGAAUUGGCUCCUGAAUCUCCAGCUGCAGAAGCCCCGCCCCCUCCUGCUGACAGUGCCAAAGAAUUAGAAACAGAGGUAAUUGACCCUCCACCUUCAUCUGAAGAAACACCAACAGCACAGCACACUACAGAACCAACGCUUGUCGCUACAACAGAGACCCCAGCCGAGACCCCAGCCGAGACCCCAGCCGAGACCCCAGCCGAGACUAGUAAAGGGGGCUUCAGAGCAGAGCUUAUGGACUUUGGACAGUCGGACCCGGAGGACGCAGACUUGUACAGCACCAGGAGCUGA